AUGCUGUGCUGGAGGAGCUGCUGCCACCCGCCGGAGGAGCCCCCGGUGACCGCCCAGGUCGCCGCGCCGGUCGCGCUCCAACCCGCGCCCGCGCCCCGGAACGGCGACACCAAGAGGCCCGGGCUGCGGGCGCUGAAGAAGAUGGGCCUGACGGAGGACGAGGACGUGCUGGCCAUGCUGCGGGGCUCCCGGCUGCGCAAGAUCCGCUCGCGCACGUGGCACCAGGAGCGGCUGUACCGGCUGCAGGAGGACGGCCUGAGCGUGUGGUUCCAGCGGCGCAUACCCACGCACACCUGGAUCCACUUCUAUCUGCACCGGGCGGACUCCGACCAGGACAGCAAGAUGAGCUUCAAGGAGAUCAAGAGUCUGCUCAGAAUGGUCAACGUGGACAUGAAUGACAUGUACGCCUACCGCCUCUUCAAGGAAUGUGACCAUUCCAACAACGAGCGGCUGGAGGGGGCUGAGAUCGAAGAGUUCCUGCGGCGGCUGCUGAAACGCCCGGAGUUGGAGGGGAUCUUCCAUCGGUACUCGGGCGAGGACCACGUGCUCAGCGCCCCUGAGCUGCUGGAGUUCCUGGAGGACCAGGGCGAGGACGGCGCCACACUGGCCCACGCCCAGCAGCUCAUCCAGACCUAUGAGCUCAAUGAAACAGCCAAGCAGCACGAACUGAUGACACUGGAUGGCUUCAUGAUGUACCUGUUGUCGCCCGAGGGGGCCGCCCUGGACACAGCCCACACGGGCGUGUUCCAGGACAUGGGCCAGCCCCUGGCGCACUACUUCAUCUCCUCCUCUCACAACACCUAUCUGACCGACUCUCAGAUCGGGGGCCCCAGCAGCACAGAGGCCUAUGUUAGGGCCUUUGCCCAGGGUUGCCGCUGUGUGGAGCUGGACUGCUGGGAGGGGCCAGGAGGGGAGCCCGUCAUCUACCACGGCCACACGCUCACCUCCAAGAUCCUCUUCCGAGACGUGGUCCAAGCUGUGCGUGACCAUGCCUUCACGCUAUCCCCAUACCCUGUCAUCCUGUCCCUUGAGAACCACUGUGGGCUGGAGCAGCAGGCUACCAUGGCCCGCCACCUCCGCACCAUCCUGGGGGACAUGCUGGUGACAGAGGCACUGGACUCCCAGAACCCCAAGGAGCUGCCAUCCCCAGAGCAGCUGAAGGGCCGGGUCCUGGUAAAAGGGAAGAAGCUUCCAGCUGCUCGGAGCGAGGAUGGCCGGACUUUGUUGGACUGGGAGUUGGAAGAGGAAGAGGAGGAGGACGAAGAGGAGGUGGAGGCUGCAGAGCAGAGGCGGCGGGCCAAGCAGAUCUCUCCAGAGCUGUCUUCCCUGGCCGUGUACUGCUGCGCUGCCCGCCUGCAGACCCUGUGCCCUGGCCCCGGCCCCCGCCAGCCCUGCCAGGUCAGCUCCGUCAGUGAGCGCAAGGCCAAGAAGCUCAUCCGAGAGGCAGGGAACAGCUUUGUCAGGCACAAUGUUCACCAUCUGACUCGUGUGUACCCGCUGGGGCUGCGGAUGAACUCGGCCAACUACAGCCCCCAGGAGAUGUGGAACUCGGGCUGUCAGCUGGUGGCCCUGAACUUCCAGACACCAGGCUACGAGAUGGAUCUCAAUGCUGGGCGCUUCCUCAUCAACGGGCAAUGCGGAUACGUCCUGAAACCUGCCUGCCUGCAGCAACCUGACACAGCCUUUGACCCUGAGUGCCCUGGGCCCCCCAGAACUACUCUCACCAUCCAGGUGCUGACUGCACAGCAGUUGCCCAAACUGAAUGCUGAGAAGCCAAACUCCAUCGUGGACCCCCUGGUGCGCAUUGAGAUCCAUGGGGUGCCUGCAGACUGUGCACGGAAGGAGACCAACUACGUGCUUAACAAUGGCUUCAAUCCCUGCUGGGGGCAGACCCUGCAGUUCCAGCUGCGGGCUCCAGAGCUGGUGCUGGUUCGGUUUGUGGUAGAAGAUUAUGAUACCACCUCCCCCAAUGACUUUGUGGGCCAGUUUACGCUGCCUCUCAACAGCCUGAAGCAAGGGUACCGCCAUGUCCACCUGCUUUCCAAGGAUGGGGCCUCGCUGUCACCAGCCACACUCUUUGUCCACAUCCGCAUCCAGUACUCCUGAGGGCUCAACUGACCCACCCUGGGGUUCUGCGGUGCCAGUCUGCAUCCCCCUGCAGAGCCUCUCCUGCUAUGGAGUGGAGGGGGGUGGGCGUACUUGGCCUGCUCACUAGGUGCUAUCUCACCUGGGUGCUGAGGGCUGCCUUGGGCCCUCCUAAAGGACAGAUGCGUGAUGUGUUCCCUGCAGAGCUGCUAAUGUGACUUCAGUGAGCUCCAACCUGGGGCCUUGAGAUGGCCCCAGCCCACCUCCUCAUCAUGGCUCAUGAAGAAGAGCCAGGCCUGUUGCUGCCAAGAGACUUUGGGAACAAGACACCUGUGAGCCUUCAGCUCCUCUGCCCCAUGCCCUCCAGCAGGGCCAUCCCAGCCUCCUUCCCCCAGAGAGCACAGCCACCCACCCUUGCCCCCAUCCUGGGCACUAGCCAGCCCCAGGCCCUCCCUUACCCCCAGUUCUUGAACCUGAGCUCCUCUUCCCUUCUCAAAGAAUAGAGCGCUAAGGCUCGGCGCCCUGGGGAACUCUGACAGUAAGUAGGUUUUUAACUUGUGUCAUAGAAGAGCCCUGAAGGGGCAGUAGACUAA